CUAUAUUUCAGUGUUAUUUUACAAGCUGCAUUUUUGCCAUUGCGUACACGACGUACGUAUCCUUUAAGGGAGGGCGUGGCUUCCUGCUGCAGAUAGGCAGCCUCAAUGCGGAAGACAAACAGAAUCCUCCCUAUUUCUAACUUUUCAAGAACAGAGACAAGGUCCUCAGGAGGUUUUUUGAGACCUAAACUCUUCAUCUAAGCAACUUAAUACACAGAUUAUGUGGCCAAAUCAAGGUCCUCCUCCUCAAAUGGGUCCCCAAAACCCUGCCUUCCCUCCAGGCUACAACCCUGCAUUUCCCACUGCUCCUGCAUCAGGAAUGUUCCCCCAGGGUCCGAACCCUGCAUACCCUGCAGGCCAAUUUCCAGCUCCCAUGAACCCAGCCAUGGUUCCCAUUGCACCUCCAGGGGCUCCUGGACCCCAUGCAUAUCCCAUGGCUCCUGGAGGUGUUCAUCCAGGUCCAUAUCCCCACUCUCCCAAAGGGGGCCAUCACAAGGAUCCUCAUCAUGGUGGGUUACACCCUGGGCCUGGAAUGGUUGUUGGAGGACAUGGACACAAAAAGCAUAAGAAGAUGAAAAAGAUGAAGAAGAUGAAGAAAGAACACAAGCAUGGACACCACAAACAUGGGAAGCAUUCAAGCAGCAGUAGCAGCAGCAGUAGCAGCAGCAGCAGUGACUCAGACUAAAUCUUCAAGAUCAACACUCAGCCUUCAUGCUUAUUCCAAAAUUGCAACUGAUCUUAUUAACUUAAUCAAAUCAUCUCACUUUUACAUGCACAAACCCCCUUUAAAGGUAAUUUAUGACACUAAAGCAGCACGCACACUAGUGGUUGUUAUCUUCAGUUUCUGAGUUUCAGUUUAUUUCCAUGUCUCUUACAGGACACAGGACUUCAUUUUGUAAAGUGAGGUCAUUAGUUUUCUGUUAAGGAAAUUGUGUAAAUGUAAAUGCUCAAAAAUAAGUGUACAACUAUGACGUGUUUUGUUUUUUUAAGAUGCGAUAUAGGAAAUUUGUACAAAUAUUAUGAUAAACAGUUGUAUGCUCUAAGUAGAAUAUUAGCUAAGUGAAGAAUUGGACCCAUUAUGUUGUCAACAUCUGAUUUUAUGCUCAUUACUACAUGGCUUCAAAAUAAAUAAAUCAGUCAAUUACAUAGUA